CGAGAACCAUUCGCCUUCUACUGCCGCCAGUGUCAUCUGUCCAGAACUGUCACUAAAAUCACUAGACUCGAAACUACUUAUUCCCCGCUAUUAUUAGACAUACGACAGGCGCUAACCGCUUCGCUCCAGGCGGCCUUUAUUGAUUGCAAGAUCAUCAAUCAGGGUCUCACAUCUCUCUCACUCACUCUCUUUCUCUUUUGUUCACUCCUUUAACCUGAUCUCCCUCGCCCCUCCCCUUUUCCACCCCAAAUCCAGAAACCCCUUAUCGAUGAGCCACUCCAACAAUGUGGUGGUCAUCACGUUUGCUUAGCGUUCUGAUCGCCUGCACGGCCGCAUCAUUCGUUUCGGCCACCCGCCUGAUUGAAUCCAAUGCGCUGAGUCUCUGCCAAAACAGCCCGAACUUCACAGCCACGUAUUUCAGCGUCCGCUUCACCCCUAACAACCAGUCCCUGGCCCUCAGCUUCGAUGGUGUGGCCGCCAUCUCCGGAUAUGUUACAGCCGAUGUCAUCAUUUAUGUCUAUGGCUAUGAGGUGACCACCGAGACCCUCAAUCCGUGCACGAUGAACGUCCCCGGUCUGUGCCCGAUGAAUGCGGGGAAUAUCAACGUCCCUAUCGCCAACAUCGUCAUCCCGGACGACGUCGUCAAGCGAAUUCCAGGAAUCGCAUACACGGUCCCGGAUCUAGAUGCCUCUGUGCGCGUCUACAUCAACUCCACCGACGCCGGCGGGACGAGUAUCGCCUGUAUCGAAGCGACCCUUUCAAAUGGGAAGACGGUCUAUCAGAAAGGCGUGGGCUGGGCCACCGCCGUCAUCUCGGGCGUCGGGCUCAUCGCAUCGGCGGUCACGGCCAGUCUGGGCAACUCCAACACCGCCGCCCACGUCGCAGCCAACGUGUUGGCCUUCUUCGGCUUCAUGCAGGCGCAGGCUAUGUUCGGGAUGAGCUCGGUCCACAUGCCGCCCAUCGUCACCGCCUGGACGCAGAAUUUCCAGUGGAGCAUGGGUAUCAUUCGCGUUGCCUUCCUGGAGACGAUCUGCACCUGGUACCAGCGAGCCACGGGCGGGACCCCUGGUACGGUGCUCUCGGAGCUGUCGACGACGUCCGUCGAGGUCAUGAAGCGCAGGAAACGAUCACUUGAAGGCGCAGUUGUCGGCCUCUUCAAGAGGGCCGACGCUCAGUCCGCGACGGCGAAGACCGGCACCACCAUCGUGCGCGGGAUCAAGCGUGUGGGCUUCACGGCCGGGAUCGAAGCGACCAACAUCUUUCUGACGGGGUUGAUCUUCUUUGUCUUCUUCGUCGCCGUCGUGAUGCUGAUUGUCGGCGCCCUGAAAGCGGCCUCCAAGCUACUGGCGCGAUACGGGAAGAUCAAGCGCGAUAAGUUCGCCGACCUUCAUGUCUCCAAGGGCAUCCUAUACCGCAUGGUCCAGAUCGGGUUCCCGCAGAUGUGCGUUCUUUGUCUGUGGGAGUUUACCCAGCAUGAUUCGGCGGCGGAGGUCCUGCUGGCUGUGGUGAUGUUGCUUUCUAUGGUCGGGGCCUUGGGCUGGGCUGCCUUCAAGGUCAUUGUCAUUGCGCGCAACUCGGUAGGUCUGCAUCGCAACCCCGCGUAUAUCCUCUUCUCCGAUGAGGCAUGCCUGAACAAGCUGGGAUUCCUCUAUGUCCAGUACCGCGCCACGGCCUAUUACUUCCUGGUCCCGGCCAUCACCUAUAUUAUGGUCAAAGCAAUGUUCAUCGGUCUGAGCCAGCCAGCGCCGAUUGUGCAAACGGUCGCUCUGGUCAUCAUCGAGACCUCGAUGCUGAUCGCAACCAGUAUCCUCCGGCCCUGGAUGGACCGGAAGACGAACGGGUAUAACAUCACGAUCGGUGCAAUUAACUUCGUGAACGCGAUCUUCCUCCUGUUCUUUUCGCAGGUCUUCGACCAGCCGGGCAUUGUGACCGGAGUCAUGGGCGUGAUCUUCUUCGUGUACAACGCUGCAUUCGUGCUGGUUCUUCUCGUGCUCGUCCUCGUCACCUCGACCUUUGCCAUUUUCUCGAAGAACCCCGACCUGCGAUACCAACCGAUGCGAGACGACCGCGGCUCGUUCAUCAAGUCACAGAGUCAGCUUGGGAUGACAGAGUUGGAUGCAUUGGGUUCCACUGCCCGGGGUGAGAGCCCGAUGAAACGAUUCUACAUGGCUGGCGAGGGGAAUGCGUCCAGUGCCACCGGACUCGGGGCUGGUGCGCCAGGGAGCCGCGACAGCAUUCCCAGCCAUCGCAGCUCCGCUUCCCCGACCGCGCGUUCGUCGCUCAUCCCCGGCAGCGCAAGGGGCCCGAGUCCUGUGGGUCAUACUGAGCAGCAGGCUGCCGUGUCGCAAACUGCAGAUGGGGAUGCUACCUCUACGCAAGCCAAGCAUCUAAUUGCAUGAGUGUGAUUUCUUCUCUUACGAUUUGUUUCACGACGUUGUUCAUUUAAUGAUUAGCUGGUGGAUCAUAUGGGAUGGAUAGGCGUACGGUUUGCUAUUUUCACUGGGAUCUUGCUGAGGUUUUUACUUGUUGAGCUUUUGAUUAAGAAAAGUCUGUUUCC